CGACGGAGCGACGUCAUGUCCGAGACGAUCCGGAAGUGGCAUGAACGCGGAAGUCCUGGUAAGGGACGCAGGCAGAGACUCCGGCCAGGAUGGACGUUCACAGCCAAGCAGUUGGAGAAGCUCUCCAAGAAGGCGGAAAAGGAUUCCAAAGCUGAGCAAGCCAAAGUCAAGAAGGCCCUUCAGCAGAAGAACGUGGAGUGUGCCCGUGUCUACGCAGAGAAUGCCAUCCGGAAGAAGAACGAGGGCGUCAACUGGCUCCGCAUGGCUUCCCGAGUGGACGCGGUGGCCUCCAAGGUCCAGACUGCAGUGACCAUGAAAGGGGUGACGAAAAACAUGGCCCAGGUGACGAAGGCCUUGGACAAAGCCCUCAGCUCCAUGGACCUGCAGAAGGUCUCGGCUGUGAUGGACAAAUUUGAGCAUCAGGUGCAGAACUUGGACGUUCAUACUUCGGUGAUGGAGGACUCCAUGAGCUCAGCCACGACGCUGACCACGCCCCAGGAGCAGGUGGACAGCCUGAUUGUGCAGAUCGCGGAGGAGAACGGCCUGGAGGUCAUGGAUCAGCUGAACCAGCUGCCCGAGGGCGCCUCGGCGGUGGCAGAGAGCUCCGUGCGUUCCCAGGAGGACCAGCUAUCACGAAGGUUGGCUGCCUUGCGGAAUUAGCCCCCUCCUGCUACCGGGAACUGUUGCUUCAGCCUUGGCCAGCUAUGAUUUGUGGGGCCUCUGCAGGAGACUCCCGGCUCCCUCCUCCUCUUUGGACUGGUCCCUCAUUCCGUGGGCAUGUUGUGAGACUGCCACUGAACGCCUCCUCGUGGGGGGACAGCAGCGCAUCUCCUCUCUUUUUCAGCAUGGACAGGAGCCGGCUUGCCUCGGCUUGGGGGGCAAUUUUGCUGGGUUGGAUUUUUUUUUCCCCUAGAGAUUCUCCUUUCACUCCUGGCCUCCUGUCCCGUUCGUCUGUGUGGGGGAGUAGUGGGAGUGGUGGUGAUGGUGGUGGUGGGAGGAACUGGAUCCCGGAUCCUUGUAAACUAGUUCUAGCGUGGCUGUUAUGAGUGUGAGCUAGUGGGCACUCUUAAAAGGGACGGGGUCCUCAUCUGCACAGCUGCCUGUGUGUGUGGAGGGAGGCGUGGCCUGGCUCUCCUCCUCCUGUAGCCCCCACUGACGGGAUGAGGGGUCAGGCUGCUUUUCAGAGGGCGGGAGGCAUCCCCUGGCCCCCUUUGCCAGCAGCUUCGUUCCCUGCCUUGGAUUUCCACGCACCCGUAAGUGACCUUUGCAAACGAUUCUCACUCGCCAAGUACACACCCACCGUCUCUGCACCCUCCCAGACCGUGGACUCCCACCUGGUGGGCAGGUAUUUCAGCUGGGUCCCACUUCCACCUUUCCAACAGCCAUCCCUUUGAGAGGGCCAACCCCUGUGAGCAGGGCUGCUUCGGCCCUUUGCUGGAGGCCUCUGCUCUCAGAGGGACUGGUCUGGCGUUCCUUCCCUGCCGUGAUCGAGGGGACUGGGGACCUCUGCCUAGAGGGCCUUGUGCAUCAAUCCUGCCUGGUCCUUUCUGCCAAGUGGCUCUGAGAAGCUCCUUGCUUGAGAGGUCAGCUGCACAGAGUAGGAACCAAGGCAGGGAGCAGCAGCAGAGAGUGAAUGUAUCAGUCUGUUCUGUUCCUGGGAUCUGCUUUUGCUCUCUCCACCCCCCCAACCUCCCCUCCCAGUUUCUUAAGGGCUCUGUGCCUUGCCGGCUUCUUUGCCUUCCCUUCCUUCUAUACAGGUGUGAGGUGUGUGGGGUGGGGGUGGGUGGUUGGGCAGCGGCAUGUAUUCUAGCCUUUUUCAGUCAAAGGAGGGGCAUGCUUUCCUACUCUUGGGAAAGUGUUUGCCUUUGCCUCUUUUUCCCCCCGAAAAAGGAUAUAAACCGAGUACUGUCAAUUCCUGGAUGUUGUUUUAAAUAAACGAAUACUCUCUGGAAAUCA